AUGGAGUGCAAGUCGCCCACUUCUUCUUCUUCAUCUUUUCCUGCGCAACUGAGAACAGUCGGAGAACGCGUAGACGAUGGCUUAGGAUCACUCGGGACUAUACGUUAUGUCGGUCCAGUGCCGACGGCUAAAGACCCACCAGCGCUCUAUUACGGCAUUGAAUGGGACGAUUGGGGUCGAGGAAAAAAUGACGGCAGCGUCGAACUGCCCAAUGGGCAACGAGUCCUGGUUUUUGCUGGUCCUGCUGGUUGCCUUAAAACGCGCACGGGUGAUAGCGGUUCAAAGGAUACAGUCUUCAAAUGCUCAUUUGUCAAGUCAACUAAAGUCGACGAAAUGCCGAAACCAGCCACGUUGUUCCAGAGACUGCAGGAGAGAUACUGUACAGUAGAUAGUAAUUUCGAUCCGGGAGUUGGAGAUGUUGAUGUUGUGGUGACUGGAGAAGUGCAGACGACGCUAGGCAGUGAGAAGCCCAUCGAGUUUGUAGGAGCCAAGAAACUUCGGACCCAGCAGACUUUGCAUACCAUUGAGAAGAUCUCCCUGUCAGGAUGUCAAAUCGCUGAGCUUGGGAUUGGGACAAAUGGUGAGAGUCUCAGAACGAUGACUCCGAGACUCACUGAGCUGGAUUUGUCGAAGAAUCUGUUUAAAACGUGGACUGACGUUGUCAGUGUAGUCCGUGAGCUUCCGUUGCUGAAGACCCUGAUUCUUAGUGGAAAUAGGUUCACUGUUGAUGAGAAGAAUGUAGCUGGACGUGGUGACGACGUCUUUGAAAGUGUCAAGGUGCUUGUGCUGAAUCAGACGCUGCUGUCCUGGAACCAAGUAGGGAAGCUGGUUACACGCCAUUUUCCAAAGCUUGAAGAGCUACAUUUAGUAGCCAAUGAGUACGGUGAUGAGCAGUUGAGUGUGUUCCAGCAAAGUGGAAGCUGGACAGAGAUGCUCACAGUCCUUGAUCUGAGCCUCAAUGACUUGGUCUCGUGGAACCGACUUCUUUGCACAGUUGGCGAGAUGUUUGUAAACUUGAGCCAGCUGAUCUUGAACGGAAACCGUAUCGCUGCGCUUGUCACUGAUCGUGAUAGGCAUGUCGCGAGAUUCCAGAAACUAACGACGCUGUCGCUGAGUGAAAAUCGGGUGAAUUCAUGGACCUCGAUCGACAGUCUGAAUGCGUUUCCACUUCUAGACACGCUGCGAUUCUCAAAGAACCCACUGACGUCGCAGAUGAGCCCGGGCGAGGCCCGGAUGCUCAUUAUCGCGCGUACAGACCACGUUGCAGUCUUUAACGCAAGCCUCGUUCGCGACAAAGAACGCGCAGAAGCUGAGCAGUUGUAUCUGAAACGUAUACUGCAUGAACUGGCCAUAGUGGCCGAAAAGGCGUGCGAUCGUGAACGGGUGCUAGCCGCACAUCCGCGCUACAUACGUCUGCGUAAAAUGUACCCCGAAAUAUCCAUCGACCAAAAUGAUAGCGUUUACGGCGGUGGGUCAAUGGCUGGCCCACGCACGCUAGCGUCGAGUUUAGUCAAGGUUCGUAUCAUCCCGAUGUCGAUGCAAGCCACAUCGUUCCAGCCUCUGGUGAAGAGAAUCCCUCAGCAGAUGAAAGUAUCGCAGCUGAAGCUACUCAUUGAAGCCAAGUUUGGUGUCGAAGUACCUGCUCAGGUGCUGUCGUUUCGCACCGAUUCCAGAAGUCUGCCAAUGAUGCUAGACGACGAUAGCGCUGAAGUGGGUUACUUCGGGAUGCAGGACGGAUCCGAGGUACUAGUCAAUGACUCGGAAUGA